CCCCCCCCCAGAAUUACAGAUAAGUAUUGUUUUCUGUGUUUCCCAUACUCAUGCCAAAACAUGGUCAGUUGGAAAGCUAUUUGCGUUACAAACCCAACAGUUCAGUUAGACUGAUUGUGCCUUCUUAUCUGUUGUACUUUAUUUCUUCCAGUAAAUUUGGCUUUGAUGUCAGUGGAAAGCAGAUUAGGCAAACUUGCACAAUUAAAAUAAAUGUUUGGUGCCUGUCUGAGUGUCCUCUAAGAACCUGGCCCUUUAGUUUUUUUGGUGGGGGAGUUGUUUAUGUUCUUGUAAAUUGGGGUGGGCAGAGUGCUGUCCACGCACUGCAUGUGGCCCUCCUGCUGCUCCUCAUUCCUUUGAAUUUAGGAGGCAAUUUUCCCAUGUGUGAUCCCAACAACUCCUGAAUGUUUGUUUUUUAUGGCCACUGGAGGCCUAUCUCUCUCUCUCUCUCUCUCUCUCUCUCUCUCUGUGUACAUGGAGCUGGGGACUGUCAAAGAUCUUACAGAUUGCUCGCCCCUGUUGCAAAUGUCUGCUGUAAAUGCUUAGCAUAUUUCAGAACAGCAACCUAGUUCCUGCCUUCUUUGCCCUUGGGCAGUCUUGUAAGGAAAGGCACACGGAGUAUAGAGUGCAUUGCUGUGUAAUGGCACACCUUGGGAAAAGAUUGUUUGUUGUUGGGAAUACCUUCAUCUUUUAUUUAUUUGUGGUUAAUCAUUUUUUGUAAGGCUGUCAGGGGAUUCUUUUAGGUAGAAAAAUAGAUUAGGAAUUUAAAAAGCAGAUUAAUAAUCUGAUUUUGAUUACUUUGGGAUGAUUACAGUUUUUGCUGUGUGUUUUGGGGAGUCUAGGUGUUUGCCCACCCCCUGCUGCAGAUGAAGCCUUUGAAAAUGAAGUCCAGGCAUUCAAGACAUUAAUAAAAAAGCGGACAGAACUCUAUGAAGCUGAAGAACGAGCUCUAAGAGUGAUGCUGGAAGGAGAGCAAGAGGAGGAGAGGAAAAGAGAUUUGGAGAAGAAGGAGAAGAAGGAAAAGGAAAAACUCUUGCAGCAAAAGCGUGAAAUAGACUCCAAGCUGUUUGGGGAUGCAGAUGAAUUUCCUCUCACCCAUAUUUUGGAGCCAUUUACCCAAUAUUAUUUGCAAGCUGAAUAUUCUGUGUCAUCUCUCAUCCAGAUCAGGCAUGAAUGGGAUCGAUACUUGGUGCCUGCCGAUCACCCUGAAGGACAUUUUAUCCCACCAGGAUGGGUUCUUCCCAGUCCUCCUUCCAAUGAUGUGUGGGCCACAGCUGUCAAAUGAUGUCUUCAGAACCCCACUUAAGUCCAACAGUAUCAGCGCAUGAGUGACAGAGCACCUUUCAUGAACUUCUUUGCAUUUAAAUACCUCAUAAAUAUUUUGUUUAUAGCGGGACCACACUGUACACAAGAUGGAUGUGAAAUGGCUUAUUCAGAUGACAGGAUAAUUAUUUGAAGUCUGUCGUUUUCAGAAAAAACGAAAUUCUGAAGGUUGCAAUGCCAGAGAUGCCUUGCUGAGAAUUGGCUUUUUAAAAGUUUGGGUCACGAUAAUAUAGUAGCAAUUUCAUCAUGGUAGCCUGAUAAACUCUCUGUUGCUGUGAGAGAUGGGCACAAACUGCUGGUUUGACAGUGCAGUGCAGUUUGUUUCCUGGCCGAACAGCUGAUCUACGGUUUAGCCUCCCACCCUCUCCAGUAAGUGUCCACUGCUGCUGAGCAUUGAACAGGCCGGGCUGGUGCUGAGCCAGUAGUUUAUGCCUAUCUCUAGUUGCUGGAUGUCUUCAUCAGCAUGCAAACGUUUAUAAUGUAUUGCUGCUAUUACUUUAAAACGUAGAAGUUGCAUCUUCUCACUGUAGGGUCAACACUGAAGUUCCAAGAGCAGAGAAAUGAUUUUGUUCAGUGGCUUGCGAAGCAACAAAGCCAAAAGUACGAAGCUAUGCAAUUAACUGAGCUCUGCUGAGGCACAGUCUUGGGGCCAUGUAGCUUAUGCAUCUCUUGAAUAUCAAUUCAUGUCUUUUUAAUAAUCUGGAUUUUCAUGAGAAAUCAGUAUUAAUGAUCCUGAAGUAACAUUAAAGACUUUUAGUGAGGUAUUUGUACAGUGUUCAGGUUCUCAGCUUCUUUUAUUUCAAAAAAUAAGCCUCUGUUAUGUUAUCUUGGCCUUAGCCACAGUGAGUUAAGUGAAUUGACAAAUGUCAGUAAUUAGCUCCUCCUUUCAAAUGUGGUUUAGUCCAUUUAAAAACUAAACCACUAAGCUGGAGCAGUGUGAAGUGAAUUAGUCGCAUUGCUAUUUUAUUGGUGCACAUUGCACUUACUUAGAUAGUUCAUCUGUUUGUAUGAUGUACAUAGGAAAGCAUUUUCUCCUUUUUUUUAAAGGAGGCAUGGUAAAGAUAGGUGCUAAAUUAAUUUAAAAGUGUCAGAUAAACAAUCCUUUUUGUGGAAGCCCAUUUUACUAUUCUGGGCCAGCUGUGAUUUGCAUGACCCUUGCAAACCAAGGGUUUGAGACCUAGGUUUUGUAUUCCUAAUUUGGAGAGCAUUUUUGUCAGUGUGCAUAAAAGGCAGAGUGGAUUCCUGUGAUCUUAUUACUAGCAACCAAAAGUAUUUACAAUUUGUCCAGUUUAAAGAUACUUUGAAGCCCUUUGUUCAACACCUGAAUACCAAAUGUAGCAACUGUUAGAUACAUUUACAUGAGGGUUUUUGUAUAAAAAUUAUGAACAAAUUGUAGUGUAAAUUUUCUCAAGUGCCGUUUUUUUGUUUUUACAGUUUUAUACCAAGUGUAUAGAGGAAGGUGAGGGUUGUACUUAUAUUUAAUAAAUUAUCAAAACUGUUGUUUGUAA